AUGAAAAAGUCUGUUCGAUUCAGUGCUGAUUUGGAUACCGUGCACCUCACAUACAGCGAUGCUGAAUAUGAUCGUACAUCAGGGGACAUGUUUUUCCUCUUGUCAAGGCCGCAUUCAGCACCUACAUCUUCAUCCACUGCAAGAGAAAAAACAUCAUCAUCAUCACCCACCAAACCAAAACGACCCCUUACCCAUCGACCAGCACCUAGCAACAAGCGACCAAUGAUCGCUCCGCUUGAUCUAUCAGGGAUACCCAAUGCUUGCCGUCGUACACCAUCGUUGGGUCAUCAAGUGAUCGUCAAACCACAAUGCAGCGGCGAUAGCCAUAACAAUAGCAAAAAGCAACAUUGGCAAAAACAGCCUCAUCAUCUCAGACCCAAAUUGUGCAUUGACACGGGUGCCAUCCUCGGUACAUCUCCCCGCUUUCUUACACAUUACAACAAUACAUCCACGUGCCGAUCCGAUGAUGAUCACUAUAACUUUCACUUAUCCCCCGUAUCUCCAGCAUCUUGCUAUUAA